UUUUGUGAACCGUCGAACCGUGCCGCGGUCGGAUCUACUCUCGGCUGUUUAGUGUGUGUGUGAGAUAGACGUGCGAGGGGCUUCGUGCUCGGUGUUCCCAUCUCAGCCUGCUGCGCCGGCGCUCCCUUGCCCGGCGAUCUGACGGACAGUGGAGAGUUAGGCUCGCCGGGGGAACGACAUUCAUGACCAGCUUGUGGUUGGCUUCGAAUCCAAGCAAGAGAUGGGGGGAAGCAUUUUUUUUACUCUACACCCCCUUCUGGCUCACCCUCUGCCUCGGGAUCAUCGUCCCUAAUAAGCUUUACGAGAAAUUCACUGAAUUGGAGUAUCUGAUUCUUGGGCUGGUUUCUGCUACUCCAGCUUUCUUGAUACCACUUCUGAUCGUGGGGAAGGCAGACAGUGGCAAAUGCUGGAAAGACCGGUACUGGGUGAAGGCAAAUCUGUGGAUUGCAAUUUUUAGUUAUGUUGGGAACUACUUCUGGACUCACUAUUUCUUCACAGUACUUGGAGCGUCAUACACUUUUCCUUCGUGGAGAAUGAACAAUGUCCCACAUACUACUUUCCUUCUCACUCAUUCUUGUUUCCUGUUUUACCACAUGGCAUCAAAUAUUACACUUCGGAGACUGCGCCAUUUCCUCACGGAUUUACCACAGUCAAUUCAACUAGCCAGUGAAGCUGCAUGGAUUUUAGCUCUUUCUUAUUUUAUUGCUUAUCUGGAGACUUUAGCUAUUGCAAAUUUCCCCUACUAUGAGUUCGUUGAUCGGGAAUCCAUGUACAAAGUGGGAUCAUUAUUCUAUGCGAUCUAUUUCCUAGUGAGCUUCCCUAUGUUUGGGAGGGUAGAUGAGAAAGAUGGUCAACCAUGGGACCUCCCAAGGGUGGCUGUGGAUGCACUGGGUGCGGCGAUGCUUGUAACUAUAAUACUUGAUUUAUGGCGCAUAUUUCUUGGACCUAUAGUUCCUAUUCCAGAAUCAAGGCAAUGCAGUCAACCAGGGCUUGCGUGGUUCCACAUACCAGAAGGCACCGUUGUACGCCAUGCCAGCACUGCUUAGCAAUAGACCUUUAGAUUUUCCCCUUUGCAUAGUUCUGUUGUGUUCCUUUUCAAAUUUGCUCAAUUCCAAGGGCUUAGACAUCCCAAAAUGCCCUACUUUCUAUCAAACUCUGUCACCCAAUGUUCCCACUUAGUACUGCGUGGUGGUGACCCUUCAACUAAACAAUUAUUUGAUUGCAAAUUUUGCAUGCUAAAAAUGCAAUCUAGCAUUGGAGAAUGCUAAGCUAUUUCUUGGGGAAAAGGUAAUAUGAAUGCACAACGUUUUUACCCGAAA